AUGGGGACAGCACAAACGCCGUACACGUACGACGAGAAGACUGUCAAUGCCACAGAUGAAACAGGGCAGGAUGUCAUUGUCGGCGAACAUACUGACUAUCAACCCUCUCCUGAAGAGGAGCGACGACUUCUAUGGAAGUUGGAUUUGUUUAUGAUCCCAACGAUGGGCCUUUGCUACAUGUUGCAGUACAUGGAUAAACUUGCGCUUAGCCAGACAACUCUCAUGGGUAUACGAGCCGAUCUUCACCUGGUUGGCCAGGAAUAUACUUGGUGCUCUGCCAUCUUUUAUUUUGGUUAUCUCGCAUGGAGUGGACCCACUUCCUAUCUGAUUGUUCGCCUUCCCCUAGGCAAAUAUCUAGCUGUCUCUGUAUUCUUGUGGGGUGGAGUUCUCAUGUGCCAUGCUGCCUGCCAGAAUUAUGCCGGUUUAGUCACUGCUCGGUUUUUCCUUGGUGUUGGCGAAGCCGCUGUGGCACCAGGAUUUGGUCUCAUUACUGGAAUGUUCUACAAGAGAGAAGAGCAACCCGCUCGCCAAGCAGCAUGGUUUAUCGGUAAUUGCGUUGCUAACAUCUUUGGUGGUUUGAUCGCGUAUGGUAUUGGAAACUCCGCAUCGGGAAUCCAAAGCUGGCGCCUCUUGUUCCUCGCUCUUGGAGCAAUCACCUGUGGUUAUGCCGUCAUCCUGUUCUUCAUUCUUCCCGAUUCUCCCGCCAAAGCUUCUUUCCUGACCGAAUCCGAACGGAGGAUUGCGGUGCAGCGAACACUGAAGAACAAGACAGGCUCAAAUCAGGUGACGGAAGCAUUCAAAUGGAGUCAAGUUGCCGAUGCUGCGAAAGACCCGCAGGGCUGGUGCCUGGUGCUUUACACUUUCUGCGUCAAUCUUGCUAAUGGCGGGCUGACUAGCUUCUCCGCCAUCAUUAUCGCAGGCUUUGGAUACUCGAAUUUCAAGUCACUCUUGCUUCAGAUGCCAAUGGGACUUUCCCAGCUAGUGUUUCUCAUCAUCACCGCCGCCAUCGCGACAUACAUCCCAUCAUCACGCAUUAUGGCCAUGAUGCUGAAUGUGACGGUCGCCGUUAUCGGUGUCGUUUUGAUCUACACGCUUGAUGACUUCCACAAAGUUGUCAAAUUAGUUGGCUUGGCCUUUGUUGCCGCAUUUGCAGCCAACAUCCCACUCUCCCUGAGUAUCAUUACCUCUAACGUCGCCGGAACCACAAAGCGAAGCACAAUCAGUGUUGCUAUGUUCGCCGCUUACUGCGUGGGCAAUAUCGUAGGACCUCAAUUCUUCUAUGCCUCGCAGGAGCCGGUGUACUCAAGUGGUAUUGAAGCAUCGCUGUGUGGACUUGCACUCGGCGUGUUCUUCUUGGGGUGUUUGCUCGUUUACUAUGCCUGGGAGAACAAAAGACGGGAUCGGAAGAAUGGGGUGGCAUCCGAGAUUGUUGAUGCUCACGAUCUUAUCGAGGAGCAGACCAACAAGACUGACAAGGAGAUACCUAGCUUCCGCUACACUCUGUGA